CGCGGCUGACAGGCUGACCCGGAAGUGGAGCUGGAGUUUGCUGAAAGCCGUGGAGCGAGUUCUACAUGAAAAGAAGGUUAUUUUUCACAAACAAAAAUCGGCGGAGGAGCAGGGGGAGGUGGAGGUGGAGAUUUUCCUGCAGCGAAAAGCCAUUCAAACAAGGAAUUAGCUAUGCAAAAAAAAUUGCUUGGAUCUUUGACAGUGAUUGCUCUCUCCCGAUGUCUGUGUAGCCGCAGGCACCGUCGCACCACUCACUGGCUGUGAAAGAGGUGGAGGGUGCUCCAGACAUGGCAUCGUACAGCCCCGACUCGCUGAUGACUCUGUGCACCAAGUAUUGCUUGUGGAACCUGGAAGGAACACUGUGCUACAUGCAAGACAAUGAGACGCUGCGACUGCACCCUGAUAUCUUUCUUCCCAGUGAGAUCUGUAACCGUCUUGUCAAUAUGUAUAUGGACCUCGUGAAUACAGACAACAGCUUCCCCGUGAACUUCAGUUUCUUUAGUUUGUUCUCAGACCAUCGGAGUACUCGACUGACUCACGUACACUUGAGGGGGAUUCAUGACGAUGUCAUUCAGGAUGAGGACUUGUUGGCAUUUUCUAAACAAGAUCUCAUUGAGCUUCGUUUGGUAAACUGCGACAGACUCUCAGCCAAAAGCUUACAGACUCUUAAUAACUUCCGCAGCACGCUGGUGUCACUCAGUCUGUUUGGGUGCAAUAACAUUUUUUAUGAAGAGGAGAAUCCUGGCGGCUGCGAGGGGGACAACAGCCUGGUGAACUCCUCACGGCAGGAUCUUGUUAAGGACUUCACCUUUACUGGCUUCCACCGGCUGUGUUUUCUCAACCUGGGAUAUCUAACUGAGGGAGUGAACGUAGACCGACUCCUGCGGCCACUGACCAGUCUGACCUCACUUGACCUCUCUGGAGUUCAGCUGAAUGACAUCCAGUUCCUGCUACAGUGGCAGAAGCGGCUUGGGUCAUUAGUGCUGUACGAUGUGGACCUCUCUGAGGAGCACAUCUGGGUCCUCCUGCAGCUCACUAACCUCAGACAUUUAGACAUUUCUCGUGAUCGAACUUCCAGUUUCUACAAAUUCAAACUGACCAGGAAAGUUCUCACUGCCUUUGUGCAGAACCUUAAAAACCUCGUCUCACUAGACAUCUCAGGACACUUAAUGCUGGAUAACUCUGCAAUCUCAAGUCACGAUGAAGCCUUGGGCCCUGCAAGUAAUGAGCCACAAAAGAGUAGCAUUGAACCAUUCCGUGCACUAAAGAGAUCCUUUCAGUUCCUGGGAUUAUUUGACACCACAUUGUGCAAUCUAACACAUAUUCCUGCUUAUAAGGUAACUGGUGAAGCAAAUGAGGAUCAAAUUUUGAAUGCUAUUGAAGCUUAUGCAGAAUAUCGACCAGAGAUUGCUUCGCGUGCAAUAAAUCAUCUCUUUGAUAUUGCACGUAUUGACCGAUGUAUUAACCAGCCAUUGCGUGCUCUGCAGCUGGUGAUCUCUGCAUUGAAGUAUCACAAAUUUGACAAGAGCGUUCAGGUGACGGGCAGUGCAGUACUCUUCUACCUGACUGGCGCAGAUUACCGGCAAGAGCAAAGCAUCAAGCUCCGCCGCCAGGUCAUUCAGGUGGUGCUGAAUGGUAUGGAGUCCAACCACGAGGUAACGGUACAACGGAAUUGCUGCUUGACGCUGUGUAAUUUUGGUAUUCCAGAGGAGCUGGAAUUCCAGUACCGACGGGUGAACGAGCUGCUCCUUCGUAUCCUGAAUCAGACGCGGCAGGAUGAAUCCAUUCAGCGCAUUGCAGUGCACCUUUGCAACGCGCUGGUCUGCCAAGUGGACAACGACCACAAGGAAGCAGUAGGAAAAAUGGGAUUUGUUACGACAAUGCUGAAAUUGAUUCAAAAGAAACUGGCAGACAAAGUGUGUGAUCAAGUGAUGGAGUUUUCAUGGAGUGCCCUGUGGAACAUUACGGAUGAGACUCCUGACAACUGUGAGAUGUUCCUAAACUGCAAUGGAAUGAAGUUGUUUCUUGAGUGUUUGAAUGAAUUCCAAGGAAAACAAGAAUUACACCGGAACAUGCUCGGACUCUUAGGAAACGUUGCUGAGGUCAAGCACCUUCGGCCAUAUCUUAUGACCACACAGUUCAUCAGUGUCUUCAGCCGUCUCUUAGAAAGCAAUGCAGAUGGGAUUGAGGUGUCGUACAAUGCCUGUGGGGUUCUCUCACAUAUCAUAUUUGAUGGAGAUAAGGCCUGGACCAUCGCAGAACCUCGUCGGGUUGAUGUGAUGGAUCGGAUGUGGCGAGCAAUCUCCAGCUGGGAUAAAAAUUCAAGAAGAAACAUUAAUUACAGAUCAUUUGAGCCAAUCUUGCGUCUUCUUCCUCAGCAAGUGGCUCCAGUUAGCCAGCACUGGGCAACCUGGGCACUCUUUAACCUUACGUCUGUCUAUCCUGAGAAAUACUGUACGUUGUUGAUAAAAGAGAAUGGAAUUGAAUUGCUGAAGGGAGUGAUCGAGAGUGACACAGCUAGAUCAGAGACCAAAGACAUGGCAGAAGAGGUCAUUAAAUUCUGUGAGAACUUUAAAGAGGAGCGGAUGGACACAUCGAGCUAAAGGCUGAAGAUAAGCUAUUACCAACUGUCACUAUUUCCUGUCAGGCGUGGAAUCUAAGUAAACACUGAGGAACUUUAAUGUCCUGCUACAGUAAUGCAUCAGAUGCAUUAUAGGGAAGAACCUCUGUGCAUGACAUGGUGUCAAGAUGACACGCAGCAGAAUCAUUUGGUGUUGCACAAGAAAAUGUUAAUUCAUGUAAUUUUUUAUUGGAUAAGGAAUUAGCGUUUUCUCCCACCUUAACCCUUCUACCUUCUUAAUUUUUAAUCUCUUCUCAUUGCCUUUUAAGUCUCAUUUUCACCCCACCCCACCCCCAACCCUGGCGUUCCAGCUGUAUUCUUUCUCUCUCUGCCUCACUCUCUCUUUCUCCCUCCUCCUCUCUCCCCCUCUCUCUGUCUUUCUUUCUCUAUCAAUCUUUCCCUGUCCUUCCUUUUCAUGUUUUUUUUUUGUAAAUUGUGCUUCCAUGGUUAGUCUUGAAAAUUUUUUGAUUGUGAAAUCUCUUGGGCUGUGCCAGUUAAUCAAAAUGUCAACGGUUAGAAACAAAUUCAAUGGUUAUAAACUUUUAAGAAAAAUAAGGAGUAAUUAAUAAAUGAUUUGUUGUUGAGGCACCUGUUCCUGUAGAUGUGCUGAUCCUUAGUUCUUGAUCCACAACUGAUGAUAUGUUAACAAGCUUGUGAGCUCAGUCUUUAAGGCAGCACCAAAGUUGUUAGUUUCCAGUUCUAUAAUAACUAAAUGAAAACUAUUGAUAAAAUAAUAAUGAUAGCUUCCACUUAAAAUGUUCUUUAGUUCCAGUUUUAAUUAUAAACAAUGUUCUCUGUGGGCCUGCAAUAUUGAUACAGUGUAAUUAUAUCAGGAAUAUGGUGAUAUGACAUCAAGUAAGCUAUGUAGUUAGGGUUACACUCCUAAUUAAUGAUGGGCAGUUUGAUGUGUAAGUAAUCUUUGAGUUGAUUUAGGUAUGUAUUUUGGCUUUUUAAAUUAAAAUAAUUCUUUACAUUCUGGAUUUGCCAAAACAAAUUGAGAAUCAGCUGUUGCUUUGUGCCUUUUGUUUAUCCCCAGUCACCUGCCCUCCUCCUCCCAAGUUAUCUCGAUUCAAUCUGAGUUUGGAAGGAGUGAUGAGAAGUUGAGGGAAAGCUGACACUCUUUCUCUUGGUGAUCUGAUUAGUACCAUUUAUCUAAUUCGAUGAAUCAGGAAUCCAUAGAAAGCUUGUUGAAUCUUACGUCAGGGUGGAUCCAGAUGAUGUAUUACUGGCCUGUAUCAGCCCCAAAGCUGUGCAUCUGUUGUUGGCCAAGUCGCACUCCCAAGGCUUGUUGCAAUCACUCUUUAGAAAUUCCAUGAAAUUACAUAGCUUCCGUGUUUUUAACACACAAUGAAGAUAAAGAGCCAAUGCACCUACUGCUGUUACAUUCAGUAUCUACAAUGGAUAACCAGCAUCAAAACAGAUAUGGUAUUUGUAUUAACCAUCUAGUUAUUGUACAUAUUCUAAUUUUUGUGCGAAUCAUUUAAAGCUUACUUUGUUUCUGA